GGCAGCGGGGGCUGGGCCAUGCGGUGCUCCCUGCGUACCUGGGUGCUGCUGGGUUCCCUGGCGCUCCUCUUCCUCACCUCGCUGCUCUUCUCCCUCUCGCUGCGCGGAGGUGGCGGCCUACCCUACUUAGACCCCCCCAGCUGGGAGGAAGCACGAAGGGUUAAACUCGUGCCCAGCUACGCCGGCUCCCACCGGCUCGGGCCACGGGGGGGCGCUCUGCCCAAAACGUGCGCCUGCCACCGCUGCGUGGGUGACCCGGGAGUGUCGGACUGGUUCAAUGAGAACUACAACCCAGACAUCUCGCCAGUUUGGACCCAGAACAACAUCCAGCUGCCUGCCGACGUUUACUACUGGUGGGUGAUGCUGCAGCCGCAAUUUAAGCCCCACAGCAUUCAGCACGUGCUGUCGCAGCUGUUCCAGGUGAUCCCGGGAAACUCACCUUACGGCUCCUGGGACCCGGGACGCUGCCAGCGCUGUGCCGUGGUGGGCAACUCGGGCAACCUGCGCGGCUCCGGGUACGGGCACGCCAUCGACGGCCAUGGCUUCAUCAUGAGGAUGAACCUGGCGCCCACCGUCGGGUACGAGGACGACGCCGGUAGCAGGACCACCCACCACUUCAUGUACCCCGAGAGCGCCAGGAACCUGGCCACCAACGUCAGCUUUGUGCUGGUGCCGUUCAAAACGCUGGACCUGCUGUGGAUCACCAGUGCACUGUCCACCGGCCAGAUCCGCUUCACAUAUGCUCCUGUGAAGCAAUUCCUGCGCGUGGACAAGGACAAGGUUCAGAUCUACAAUCCAGCCUUUUUUAAGUACAUCCAUGACCGCUGGACCCGGCACCAUGGCCGGUACCCCUCCACGGGCAUGCUGGUCCUGUUUUUCGCUCUGCAUGUUUGCGACGAGGUUAAUGUAUUUGGCUUCGGUGCUGACAGCCGAGGGAACUGGCAUCACUACUGGGAGCAGAACCGCUACUCCGGGGAGUUCCGGAAGACGGGGGUCCACGACGCCGACUUCGAAGCACACAUCAUCGACUCGCUGGCGAAAGCAGGCAAGAUCACUGUGUUCCCCGGGAAAUGAAGGUUAGGGGGGGGGCAGCGCGAGGGAGACAGGAGCACCACAGUUUACGAGUCACCUGCACCCACCCAUGGCGGCAAAUUACCGAGGAUCAGCCGACUGUGACCCAGCAUGGAUCCAAAAAGUCAAAUCUGACGGAAGGGAGUGUCCUGGGAGCCUUAGGAUUCACCCCAUCAGGAGCUCCUGAUGAUCCUACCUGAAGUAGACUUGGAAUGGUGAAGACAAACACACUAGAGACUGUUGGAGAAACAGAAGGAAGGCUGGCUGGGAUCAGCCCCUCCUUGUGGCAGACUGGGGCAUAGGCACGUAGUUUCACUGGAGAUGAAGGGCUCCAGUUAACAGUGACUGACAGUCAGUCAGAUACGCCCUCUACCCAACUCGGCGAUGACUCAUUGAACCACAGGAGGGCUCCCUGAACACAGAGUCUCAGUCUACAGAAAAGGACACGUUUGAGAUUGACACAAAACCCUCUUAACUUUGCAGCGUUCUCUGUUAGGUACCAUAUAGACAUUGACCUGCAGCUGUACAGAAGAAAUUUAAUUGUGACAAGGUAGAAGACUGGGGGGAAGGAGCUGGGUGGACAAGGAGGACAUUUAUAUUAUCGUUAAGAAGACAUUCCCCCUACAAUGAAGGGAAAAUCUAUGCUGCUACAUGCUACCCUCAUCAGUCCAGAUGACAGUAUUAUUCAGCUCAUUUGUCUGGAGUCCCAUCAUGCCCCACUCGCACCCCUCAGAGGUCAGAGGUCACGUCUUACUGCCGACGGUGUAGCUGGGGGGGAGGGGACAUUUGUGGGGUAGCCAUUUGCUUUCUUUGGCAAAAAGACCCAAACACAUUGGUCUCUCCCUCCGGCUGCAGUCUCGGAUAUAUUUGUUGCUUACAGAUCCGCCGAACAGAUGGACUGAGACGAUGGAAGCGCUGUUAUGGUGACGGAUACACACACAUACGUGCGAGCGCGCGCACACACACACACAAUAACACACGCACGUAGCUGCGCUGUUCACUGUGACAGCUCAUAUCUCUCACACACACUCACCUGAACAGACAGCGACUCUUCAUUAUCCUUUUAAAUAAAAAAAAAAACAGCGCAGCUGUUCGACAGGCAAAGCUGUGAGGGGCAGUGAAUUACUGUAGCCAUUACAAUGCAGACUUACAAUGUGAAUAUUAAGCGGUAACGCUGUUAACAUGUUCCAGUUACAGCACGUAAACGCGAACAGAGUGCAAACGAAAUGGACUGGAGCGCAAUGCCCAAUGAGCAAGCAGUCUAACAGAAAUGCAAAUUAACGCAAAUCGUCGUUAAUUUAAAGACGACGUUCCUACUGGCUGACUGGGAGUUGUGCGCCUGCCGCUGUACGGAACAAACCCAACCUCAUAUCCUGCUGGCACAUAUUAGUGUAGAACUUGUGAAGUUUUCUUUUUCCUCUGGAGCCCGAACUGGAGGCAUCGUGAUAUUCUGAGGUAGCAAUUUGUUUUACAUUUGUUCAUGUUAUCAGGGUUGAUUUUGUGCCCUUAAUAGCUUUGUGUCGAUGUGACAUUUGAAUACGCUGCCAGGGUCAUGUCGGCCUGUCAGCUUGUCUCCCCACUCCACCCACGACCAGCCACUGUGGGGACUUUGACAGGCAGGAGAGACCCCAGCCAUUGUGCGAAUGGGAUUGUGGAACAGGAAGGAAAUGUCAGACUGACAUAUAUCCAGCUACCGCUUGCAUAAGUGGCUUUGAGCCCCGUGGUGAGAGCGGGAUUUACUGAGCACCGUCGCUCGCUGCCUGGCUAACCGCCCCCCCCUCAGUGAUCAUCUGAUCCCCUUUGUCCCGCAUUUCCCCACAGACAGCGUUAAAGUCCACCUUCCCCAUGCUGGCGUCACCUCUGACCAGUGGAGUCGCAAUCAUGUUUCUAUAUUCCUGAUACUUCCUUUUCGACUAAAUGAAAACAGAACCCCAGUAAGGACUACUCUUGUGUCCCAUUUCCCCUACCAGGUGUCGUUCAGGAGACUGAUCGUGUCGGGUCACAAGUCCGCGAACCAUCUCCCUACUGUAAACCUUCAGGCAUCACGUUUUGGGUUUAAAUCACCGCCCAGACUCGCAGACUCAUCUACCCGCUGCUUCCCGCCACGGACGUGUAGACGUCGCUCGCUCGCUCGCUCGCUCGCUCUAGUGCCUUGUCUUCCUCGCGGCAAAUCCCUGACCCUCCCACGCGCACCCGCCUGCUCCGCAGCCCUCUUUUUUUAAGGGGUGGGGGGUUGCCACAGUGUGUAACCCGUACCGCUUCAGCUGUGCCAGGAGGACGCGAGAGACGCCGUCCCACAAAUCGCUGCUGCCUCCUCCAGAGGCCCACACCAACCACCUCACCUCCGCCCCGCUCGCUAACAGAAGGUAACCAUGACAACGCUGUGCCUUUACGGGAGUGACUGUCGUAACUGCUGUGCACGCUGCUCCGUCUCCUUAUACUACGAAAACAUCGCCAAGAUAAAGUCAGUACCGUGAAAACGUAAUAUCAUAUCACUGACAAAGCCUGCAGUCAUUAGGUCUUAGCUCGCUGUGCCAUUUAGAAGUACACUUAUAACCGUAGUGUUCUGUCUGUUCACCAAUGGAGGAUUUUACAUGCGUUGAGAAAUAGUGAUCUGGGAAAUUUCCCCAAUCAAAACAUAUAUAGAACAUUUUUUUGCAGAAGGAGCUUAAUGAUUAAAAUAACGUGCAAUAUUUCACCAAAGAAUUUUUCUCCCAGUAUUAUUUUUCACACCCUUUUUAAUCUUAAUUUGUUCCAGUUGAAAUAUUAAAGACACGCCUGUCAAUCAGUGCAGUAUCUAUAGCUUUAAAAGAAAAAAAAUCCUGAAGAAUUCUUAGCCAGUUUACAGUAGAGCUUAAGAUUGAUUCUGUGGAAUGCAGGGCCGUCCCAGAUCGAGCUGGACCAGUAAACCUUCCAUUCCAUUCUGAUCUCUAAAUCCCGACCCUCAGCAUGCUGAUCCCACCCCCAUAGCAUGUUGGUGCCGUCUCACCUCCACAGCUCUGUGGCAGGUGCCUGUGGAAACCAUGCCCCCUACUGGAGGCUUUCAGAAGCUGCAAAAGGUAAUAUCCGUGUACAUCACGAGCCAAAUUUAUCAAGCUUCUGCGUUACCCAGUUCCCUCUGAGGAUUGAGGGGAAUUUUUUUUAAACAGUAACCUCCAAGCUCCUUCUAAGUCUUAAUUAAUUUUCUAAUCAUCUUAAGUAUAUGUUUCAAAGUUUUAUUACUGAAUGGUGGGGGGCGUGUACACUUUAACAACCUUCUGCAUCACAGAUACACAACAGCCUGAUUUUGUCAGGUCUUUGGUCCAGACCAGGAUAAGGGGCCGGAACAUGGAAAAAUGGAUGGAUGGCUUGUGUGUGGGAUCCCCAAACAGAGAUGAGGGAUGUGGUCUUACCUCAUAGGGAAGGGUCCCUUCCGGUUCUUUGGGGAUGAAGAGAGGUACUGUGGGUGGCUUCCCUCAGGUCCUCCAAAUCAGCAUCACAAGCAGUUUCACAUAGUAUGAUCACCAGACAGCCCAUCCCAACCCCCCCCCCCCCCGGAAUCUGUAUAUAACCACACUAGGUGUGCGGCUUUUGUGUCACUCCUCCCCCAGCCAUUAGCAGUUGCUCUUUGUCAGUCUCCUCUCUCCUUUUAUAACCAUGACUUUUCUGUGACAAGACUUUUUAUCUACUGCUGUUGUGAAAAUAAACACAGAACUGAAAGAA